CACGCCAUCAGAACCUGCGCACCAGAGAACAAUGACGUAAUGAAUUCAGAGCACGACAUGAAACGACAAUUCCCAUGAUGCAUUGCACUACAGUGGCCGCUGGACGGGGGAAGGGAAGCUGAGAUUGGAGGGAGUAACAAUCAGAAACUGAGAUUGAAACACACAUGAGACCCGCCCGUCCUAAAGAUUCUGGCAAAAAAGAAGCCCACCCCUGAUCCACACUUUCACUUUUUACUUUGGACAUGUGUCAAUGAAUCGCAUGAUGCUGAAGACAUCACAGCUCUGUUGCAAGUCAAUUAAAGGGUACUGCUAGCUCUGAGUGCCUAUUGGAUUCGUGUCUUGAAAUCCAAAGUAAUGAAGUGUCUGCUAUGACGAGAGCGCCAGCCUGAAAAGCUAUGUCAUUAUCCAGCUUCUGGGCACCUCUGACGGUGAUGAGGAGCAAACCCACUGGCCAAGCAGUUCUGCGGAGGGGAGCAAGGGAGGAGGGUUCCGGGAAACGUGCCAUUUCCUCUAGGUGGUAGACUAAUAUCUGUGCAUUCCUCUCUGUGUGCACACCCAAGGUUAGACUUUUGGAGGAAAACUAGGAGCAGGCAAAACAACAAAUCCCGACAGUCAUCGCUAAUAAAAAAAAAUAAAGAGAUGUGUACCAACUGGAUAUUUGUUGCCGGUGUGGUCUAACGUGACCGUGGACAUUUUCAUGUAUAUGAGCUAAAGAGGUCACUAGUCAUGUGCACGAAAGAAAACAUGGUAGCCCUUGUAGCAGAUUGUCAGCCCAUCUCAGUCCAGGAUUUUACAAGCCUUUAGAGGCCACAAUCAGGAAGACGCUUGCCAGCCAACGCUCAUAUGCAAUGGAAGAAGACAUUGAUGUCACUUUCCACCUUGAGGGCCAAAAUGGUUUAUCUCGAGAACCAUCAGAAGAGACUACCAAUGGACACUUGAACCAAAAGCCUGUCAUGAAUGGAUUGAUUAUCAGUCAUAAUGUCAAAGACCACACCAACGGCAAUGCCCCCCUCACAUCCCUGCCGAUUUCAGCACUGAAGCAGAAUGGUCUCCUGCAGAGUCUAGCAGCAGGAGGAGACCAGCUUAAACCUGCAGAAGAAAAUGCAGAGUUGGAAAAGGCGAGAGAGGAGUGGGAAGCUCUGGAGAACAUCCAACCAGCUAUCACUGAGGACUCGAACCCGACACCGCUCAUCUCUUUCAAUGAAGCCCUUCAGUACUUCCAGACUACAGAUCUCGGGGACUUGCUUACGAACAUCCAGCCAACUAUUCGCAGGACAGGUCUCGCCGCUAUCACACACUUCCUGUUUGGACCCCCUCGACUGCACAGGGAACUCCUUGAGGAACGAGAUCUUGUCUUUACCAUUGCGCAAUGCCACGUGGACAACAGCCAAACUGUCCACAUGCGAGUUCUCCAAACCAUUUAUAAACGGCUCAUCGGCUGCAGGCUGGACUGUCCACGAUAUGGGACACACUGGGAAAACAUUGGCUUUCAGGGUACAGACCCAGCCACCGACCUGCGUGGCACUGGCUUCCUGGGACUUAUGCACACUCUUUACUUUGUGAUGGACCCAGAGACUCUGCCAUUGGCUCGAGAUAUCUACAAGUUAUCCCAACACUCUACUCAGAACUUUCCAUUUAGUGUGAUGUCAAUCAACAUGACCCGCAUUGCUCUUCAAGUCCUCAGAGAAGAGGCCUUGUCCAAGGAGUGCAAUCGCCGUCAGCAAGUGGUCGGCGUGUUGAAUGAGUUUUAUGUGGCCACAUACCUGCACCUGUACCAACUGUGGAAGACCCAACAGAAAACCAUUGCUGACUCUGGCUUUGUACUCAAAGAAGUGGAGCUGUUUGCCAAAAAGAACCCCAAGCAGAUGCUUCGCCGACUAGAGGUCUUCCUGAAAGAGAGGCGGGUAGGUGGAAUCCCUCGCGGGACGUCGCCAGAGCCACCGGCUCAGCAGCCUUCCUCUCCCAGCCCGGGAGAGCGAGCGGCCAGAGUGGCGAGCGCACAGGGAUGCAAGGAAAAGGAGAUGCAUUUUACAGGAGUGUGUGAGCUACCGCCUGACAUGGAGGGCGACGCCAGACUCAUCUAAGCUAGAGUCUGUGUAUGUGAGGGUGCUGUUUGUGUGCGCGUGAGUGUGUGUGUGUGUAACUUACUCCCAGAGAGCUAGAUGAAGAACACUCCACCCAACACGCCCCCCUCCUCUGAUGCUGGGGUGCUGCACUUUUCUCUUUUUUUCAGGGGUGGGGAGAUAGAGCUAUAUUAUUUGUUGUAUUUAUUUAUUUUAGCACAAAACAGUCAAACAAAACAAUGAAUUCACAAAACAAAGCAAGUGAAUGAUUGCACUUUUCUGAAUAGCUGCCAUAUAUUUCACCUGUUUUCAGGGCAGCUGCUUGCGUUGGCAUUUCAGAGACUUCAUCUCUAGCACGCCAUGCGCGUCAUGCAACAGUCAGUUCUCGUCACAGGGUCCAAACUGCAGCACAAUAGGUGACCUUUCAGCAGGGACUGAAGGUGCGACUUGAUAAAUGAGUCUGCCGCUUCAAUUUACAAAAAUAUUUGAGUUGCUUUCGUCAAAAAAAGAAUUCCAUCUUUUUAUAGAAGAUGAGUGAAGAUUUGAACAAAAUCCUCCGUAAACAUUCUCAGCUUGACAUGGCUUCAGCCGAAAGUCUAAUAUAAGCUUUGUGGACAUUCCAUUAGUGAGCAUGUGAUUGUAUUUUUGGAAAGGACUGAGCUGACAUUGAUGAGGUGUGCUUUGGUGCAGUAUGCAACUCCAGCUCUAGACGAUAAUCAAAAUGUCUGCUGUGCGACGGCAAAAGGCAUUGUUGCUAACUUCAGGGCUCGUGUGCAAGUGAACAUAACUUAGUGAGGACAUUUGGCAGUGGUAGGAAUGACCCCGCUGAGCUUUUCAAGUGAUUGUUGUGAGCGCAGACUUUACUCCACACAAUAAGCCAGCUUUACUAAGUACGCGAUCUAGCUGCAUAGAUGGUACUUUUGUGGAUUUUAAAUGGCGGUACUACUACUAGGAAACAAAUUCUAUAAAUAGAAAUAUGGGUUUGGGCUCCUCAGCAAAGCUACUUUGUGCUUGUGUGGUCUCGAUCUGUAGCAUGUCCAGGUAGCACUAGUACUGUAGCAUCCUAUAAAAGCUUGUUGAUGUCGCUCUGUGGUGUCUUACUAUAGCACAUCCACCCCCCCUGUACUGUACUUCUACAUAUUAGGCAGCGCAGCUUUUCGGAGAUGGCUUAACAUGUUAAUGAGCUCCACUUUGUCUUCUGAGAAGGUAAUAACGGUGCCUACGUCGCAUAGAAUCACGUUAAGGUCGCCUCCUUUGUUUGCGUUCAGCCUCAGUGCCACAGCGGCAGCCUCCUCCAUUCUUGCAACCUCAGGCGGGUCACGUUCGUCGUGCUUUCUUGUUUGACGAGGAACUUUGCACGGUUGUGGAGAAAGCGUAAAUGUGUGGUAUGCAAAAGAAAACCGCCGCUGGCAGGAGCCAUAAUGUUCAUUAGCAGCCACCUCAUCAGGUCCUCCUUUCAAACAUCGCACCACACUGAUCCCUUUAGCUUUCUUCUGUUCGAAGCUGAGGAGCAGUGCCGUGUAUGUAUAUCAGGAAGUUUGUACAUAGAGAAUUAAUGAUUGUAAGAUGUAUGAUUGUCUGUAGGGCAUUAUACGAAAACAUUGCUUACCUCAAGACUUGAGACAAAUCUCCUUUCUCUCUCCUGACGAAUAACUAUUUCUAUGUUUGCUUGUACUCUGACCUUCUCUCACCAGUCCCACUCAUUAGCUAUUGUAUAUCCCACAGCCAAAGCACUAUGGAAGAAGCAGGUCCUUGCUACAUGUGUACUAGACUAGGAGUGUCCUGAUUUAAUAUUGAUAUCGGGCCGAUAUCAAUACCGGAUGAUAUCAGCUUGCAUCUAAAAUGUCCGAUCAAAGCAGUCCUGCAGCACGUUUACUUAUGCAAAGCUAGACAGCCUGUUAACAUCUAAAUGGCUUCCUAGAGACACAGGGUUGAUAUUUCCUUGUUUUUUAGUGAAGUCAUUUACAAAAGCUGUGAGGAGGUGGCGACUUGUCCAAGGUGUACGACGCCUUCCCCCCGAAUGCAGCUGAGGUUGCCUCCAGCUCUCCCCGUGACCCUAAACGGGACAAGCGGUAGAAAAUGGAUGGAUGGAUGGCAUUUACAAAAGGUAUAGCAGCUACACAACAGCUAAGCGCACAAGCUAAACAUACAUGAUAUUGAACAAUGUUGCAGUCUAAAACAUUUGUCAGUACAAAUAAAUAUCAAAUAAUUAAAGUUGCAUAUUACUUACACAUACGUCUCCAAUAUGGAAAGGAUCCAGUAACUAAUGUGUCCACAUCAUUCAACUUACUGUCAUGACCUUAAUUUAAUGAUUUUUGUGACCGCGAGGUGUCGCCAAAAACUAAUAUAUCACUCCACUCUAAAAUCCUAAACAUGUAAUAAGGUUAGUGUUUUUUAUACGUACCUUUGUUCUCUGACUAAUUUCACUUGAUCUAACAUUCCACACUACAACAUGAUAAAAGUAUGUAUGAUUCUUGCUGAUCGUAUCUAAUUCCUAUCGGCAUCGGCCAACACUUAAGGCACCAGUAUCGUAUCGGAAGGGGAAAAGUCAUAUCGGGACACCUCUAUACUAGACUGUUUAGUCCCAUAUGCUCUCUGGUUCACGUCUGCAAAUGUUAAUAGACGAUAUUAAAUGUCACUUUUAGCCAAGUUUGAUCUGGCUUCCAUUGACCAUGUUGGAGCUGGUUCUGUUGUGGCUUCAGUGGAGUUGCAUUUUCUGUGUUUUUAAGUGUUAACACUGAGAAACAAUCGAACUAAGGCCAUUACUAACCAUACUGUAUGCUUUGCUCACCGUGUGUAUCAAGUAUCACCAAACACAGCAGAUCAUAUUUUACCCUGCCAAAUGCACACUUGCAAAACUAUAACACGAGAGAACAGAAACUUUUUUUUUUUGGAGUGGAGGCGGCUGUCUGAUGUUCCUGCUUGCGACCCAGCAGUGGCUCGGCAAAUACAAUCUCAACACCCCGCGCUUUAUACUGUACCAAGGUGUUUUACUGUCGCCGUCUUUGUCACGUCCCCCAGAGCAUUUUAUGACUGUAACUUGAUUGUAGACGCCCUAUUUUAUACUGAGAGUUAUUUCAGAAUACAGUAUGUGCUGUUGUACAUUAAAUGUAUUGUAUGGAGAAAGCUAAAUAAAUGCUGUUUAAAAUGAG